UACUCUUCUUCUAAGAAAAUCAUGUUGAGACAAGUUGUGAACAAGGGCACUGCCGCCAGACAAUUUUCAACCACUUCUGUUGCUCUUGCAGGUCGUCAAGGUACCGGAGUUCAACGUAGAAAAGCAGAAAAGAAAUUCGAUGUCGAAUUUAUGCCAAAGUUUGAUUUCGAUGACCAAACCACCAUCGGUCACAGUCUCUUUGAAAACAUUAGAGAAGUUCGUCAAUAUUUAAGAAAGACUGAAUUCGAAUUACCUAAAUUGAAUGCUUUCGCUAAACCUUUUGAAGCACCUACAUCCGAUCAAAUUUUAAGAAUCAAGUCACAUACCUAUGUUGGAGAAGGACAUCCUGUAGAGAAGAAAGCCGUUUUAAACGUCAAGGUGUCUGAUUUAAAAUUAAGUGCUACUGAAAAGCAUAAAUUUUUAUUAUUGAGUGGACCAAGAUAUAACGUAAACACCGAAGAAUUAGUCAUGUCAAGUGAAAGAUUCCCUCACCGCAAACAAAACAAGAAAUAUUUACUCGAUGUUUUAAACAAGUUGAUUGUCGAAGCAAAGGACACCAAGGAUACUUUUGCCGAUAUUCCUCUUGAUUUACCAAAGCCCAAGCAAAGAUUAGAAUUCCCCAAAGAAUGGAUUAAAGCACCUGUCAAAGAAACCGUCAUCGAAACUCAAGUCAUUGACGAAUUACUCGAUGCCGUCGCUAAGAAGGAAGAAAAGACAGUUUGAAUCACUUAGAAUAUUGCAAUAUCAAGACACGCAUUUGUACAAAAUAAAAAUAUAUAUUUUUUUGAAAAAA